UUGCGGAAGUGACCGAGGCGACAGGAGGCAGACAGAAACAAACAAGUUGGUGCGGACGAUUCACGGAAACUUACCGACAGAACACCAUCAUCAUGCUGGGAGGAGGAUUCAAAGCAGAGAGGCUGAGAGUGAACCUCCGGCUGGUCAUCAACCGACUCAAGCUCAUGGAGAAGAAGAAGACUGAGCUCGCUCAAAAGGCAAGGAAGGAGAUCGCCGAUUACCUGUCAUCAGGAAAAGAUGAGCGGGCUCGGAUCCGCGUGGAGCACAUCAUCAGAGAGGACUACCUGGUGGAAGCCAUGGAGAUCCUGGAGCUGUACUGCGACCUGCUGCUGGCUCGCUUUGGCCUCAUUCAAUCGAUGAAGGAACUGGAUCCAGGCUUGCAGGAAGCAGUGUCCACUCUCAUCUGGGCAGCGCCUCGUCUCCAGGCAGAAGUGGCUGAACUAAAAAUUGUGGCUGAACAGCUAUGUGCAAAAUAUAGCAAGGAGUACGGCAAGCUGUGCAGGACAAACCAGAUUGGCACAGUCAAUGACAGGCUGAUGCACAAACUGAACGUAGAGGCCCCUCCCAAGAUCUUGGUAGAGCGCUACCUGAUUGAGAUCGCCAAGAACUAUAAUGUGCCGUACGAACCUGACGCCAUGGUCCGGCCUGAGGUGGCGCCUGGCGAGGAGGCAGACCUGAUUGACGUGGACAAUGACAAGAAGUUUGGAGGUGGAGGUGGAAGUGGAGGAGGAGGAGGAGGUGGUGGUGGUGGUGGUGGUGGCGGAAAUUUCGCUAUGCCUUAUGCUGGUGCUAUGCCUAUGGGCAUGCCGAUGCCUAUGCCAAUGCCAUCAGCUUUCAACUAUCCAUCUCCCAAAGGAGCCGAACCGUAUAAUCCUCCAGUUGGAACCUAUGACAACUUCCAGCACCACAUGGGAGGAGGGCAGCCCCCUCAGCUGCCCAAUUUCCCCCCCACAUACGAGUCCAUUGAUGACCUAACUGAUAAGCCUUUUGUUCCUUCCCAGGCCGUAGGUCCUGGACCUUCAUCUCAGUUUUUUGACAACAACGCUCUCCCAGAACUCCCCUCAGUUCCAGACACACUCCCCACAUCGUCCUUCGGCGGCAACGCCACCAGCUCGGAUGACAUCGACUUCGAUGAUUUAACACGACGGUUUGAGGAGCUGAAGAAGAAGACUUAAUUGCUAUAUCCCUGGUCAACACAAACACACGAUAACACACUCAAACACACACACAAACAGUUCUGUGUCAUCACCCGGAACAUGAAUUUUGAAAAGGCUAUGUAUUCUUUUUGCAUAGUUCUUCCCGUACACGGCGAAUUAAUCUCAUACAGAUAUUAAACAUACAUGUAUUCUUACCUCAUUUAUAUAAAUAUGAUCCGCUUCCCGAGGGUGUGGUUGCUCAUUCAACCUUGUCACUUAUCAGAAAUCUAAUUUCUGUUCACAGCUCUAGCGAGGAAUAUAUGCUUUAAUAUCUUUAUACAUAUGACGCAUAAUAAGAAUUCUUACCACUAUGUUGGUGUUGACCCCUUUUUGACCCCUAUUCAUUUUAAGAUCACACUAACUUUUAUAUUUUCCCCAUUUGUCUGUGUGAUUUGCUGUGUGAUCAUACCUAGAUUUUAAUCGUAGCUUUGCACAUGCUGUGUCCCUGUGAUCUCUGCCACUGUGUCGCUCACUUCUGACUCAGACUCGUCAAACAAGCCCGUCCGGCCCUCCCAGUUUGGAGGGUAGCUGGCAUUCACACCCGCAAAGCUUACAGAUAGGAAAUGACAUCAAGACAGAUGGAAGCCAUAUUUUCAUUGUCUUGCUCAGUCGUGCAGUUUUGUCGUGUGGGGAAAUACUUUUUUUUUUUUUACACACUCCUUUCUCGCCGCACUUCUAAAACUUCAUGGCUUAUUUAUGCCAGAGAAAAAAAAAGGGUGAGCCUUCCCGGAAAAACUGAUGGUGACUCGUAUCAAAGCUUUUCUGUUCAUCUGUUACAUGGGUGAAGGGGCACAGAUGUAACGUUUUAAAACAGUGUAUGGAAAUCUGUAAUAAUGCAUUCAAAAUCAUAUAGAUAGACCUAUUAACAUGGAUAAUUUAACUAUACUGCAAAAAAGUAUCUCAAAAUGAUGUUUUUAAGCCCUUUUGAAUGUCUCUUUCAAUAAACUUCAACCUGCACUUUCUUAUUUUGUAAGUAGUUAAUGCACAGGGAGAAGUGUGCAGUCAACAGCAGUCACACAGCAACCUGAGUGAUGAGAUGCAAAUAUUGACCCCAGAGUAAUGGUCUGUAUCGUCCUCACUGAACAUGUGUGCAAGUCUUAUACUUUAUGUGCACCACUGCAUCUGCCUUAGUUACCACCUCUAAUCAGAGGCCUUGUCAGGUUGUACUGAGUUUAUCCAUCAAGACUGGAUGAGGUACCUGCAUUAAGCUUAUACUUUGCUUUACCCGUCAACAAUUCUGUAAAAUCUGUCGAGUUGAUCUUUGCAUAUUGGAUGGAAAAGAACAAAACGUGUCUUCUGGAAACAGAAGUUUGUGUUUCCUGUGGUGAAGCAGGACUGAGAGGCGAUUUGUUGUUGCUGCAACCUGACCACACCUGUCCCUUCUCGCAUGGCAAAUGAAUGAUGGCCUUGAAUAAAAUGAUUCACUGAUCUCUGGAAAGCGCAUUGAAGAGCGUUCCAGCCGGGUGAUAGAUAGAUGGAGGGUUGUGUAUAGGUGUUACUCUUGGUGGGGAUAGUAGAGAGAUUCAUUACACUACAGAACUGUGAUCUGCUCAUGUGUCUUUUCUACAAUGGACUGUUCUUUCAUGCUAAAAACCUUGACACACAAAUUGUGUACUGUUGCAAAAAAAACUGAAAUGUUUUUCCACUGUAUAGUAAGAUACCAAUUUAAUAAAAGAUUAUUUGGAACUGGAAA